UAGACGUUGGAUACGUUUACUUCUAUAUCUAUAUAUUUGUUUGGUUUCGAUGCAACCUGACCUUUAAGAUAUAGAUGUGAAAAGGUGGGAUGGCCUAUUUCUUUUGGCUGUUUGAUCGCUUCUUGGGUGGGUACAUGCAGGAUAGGCUUUAUAACGUUGACAAUGGUUUUUUUUGGGAAACGGUGUUGGUGGAAAAGUGGCGCACUCGCCGGUCAAUGUACACGACAGGCUUCUUACAUACAGAAGAAAAGACCAGGGAGUCAGAUGCGGAGCAAGCGAGGGCGGAGGCAUAGAGGCAGAAGUACCACGGCACCGCUAUUUAAAGUAGUUUCAGCGGCCCUCCUACUGUCAGGGCUGUUCCUGACAGUGUUUGUUUUGGCACGUAUCUUCUCCACACUUAUUGUAUGCACAUUAUAGAGAACAUCGUAUUGAUAACGUUGAUGAAGAGAACACCAAGAACUUAUACAAAAAGAAGAUAAACAAAAUAAAUAAAUAAAUGACCC